GCUACGCGGCGCUCGGGCGGGCGGCCGCGGCGUGGCGCGCGCGGGUGGGUGGGAUCGCGGCGGAGCUCCGGGCGCCGGGGCAGGGGCGAGCGAGCGCUAUGGCGGCUGCGGUGGCUGCCGCAUCCGGUGCCCGGGCGGCGGCGAGCUGAGAGGAGGACCGCCUCUGUUCUUCAGGACCCAGGAGGCCACCGCUGCUCCCUGCCUUCCACGCGGGCCGCGGCCUCGGCAUGGCCGGGAUCAUUAAGAAGCAGAUCCUGAAGCACCUGUCCCGGUUCACCAAGAAUCUUUCCCCAGACAAAAUCAACCUGAGCACCCUGAAAGGAGAAGGUCAGCUGACCAACCUGGAGCUGGAUGAAGAGGUUUUGCAGAAUGUGCUGGAGCUGCCCACCUGGCUGGCCAUCACUCGAGUCUACUGCAACAAGGCCUCCAUCCGGAUUCAGUGGACAAAGCUGAAGACACACCCGAUCUGCUUGUGUCUGGAUAAGGUCGAGGUGGAGAUGAGGACCUGUGAGGAGCCCCGGCCACCAAAUGGACAGUCUCCCAUUGCCCUGGCUUCCGGACAGAGUGAGUACGGCUUUGCCGAGAAGGUGGUGGAGGGCAUGUUCAUCAUCGUCAACUCCAUCACCAUCAAGAUUCACUCGAAGGCCUUCCACGCUUCGUUCGAAUUGUGGCAGCUGCAGGGCUAUAGUGUCAACCCCAACUGGCAGCAGAGUGACCUCCGCCUAACUCGCAUCACCGACCCCCGCCGAGGAGAGGUGUUAACAUUUAAGGAGAUAACUUGGCAAACCCUUCGCAUUGAGGCGGAUGCUACAGACAGCGGUGAUCAGGAGCCAGUCACCACGCCGCUGAGGCUCAUCACCAACCAAGGCAGGAUCCAGAUAGCCCUGAAGAGAAGAACCAAAGAUUGUAAUGUCAUAGCCUCCAAGUUGAUGUUCCUGUUGGAUGACCUGCUCUGGGUGCUGACAGACUCACAACUCAAGGCCAUGAUGAAGUACGCUGAGUCACUGAGCGAGGCCAUGGAGAAGUCAGCCCAGCAAAGAAAGAGCCUGGCCCCUGAGCCUGUACAGAUCACUCCACCUGCUCCCAGUGCCCAGCAGUCCUGGGCCCAGGCAUUUGGUGGCAGCCAGGGCAACAGCAACAGCAGCAGCACCCGCCUCAGCCAGUACUUUGAGAAAUUUGAUGUGAAAGAGUCCUCCUACCACCUGCUCAUCUCCCGCCUGGACCUGCACAUUUGUGAUGAUAGCCAGUCCCGAGAGCCAGGUGUCUCUGCCAACAGACUCAUGGGUGGUGCCAUGCAGCUUACCUUCCGCAAGAUGGCAUUCGACUAUUACCCCUUCCACCGGGCAGGCGAUAGCUGCAGACACUGGGUCAGGCACUGUGAGGCCAUGGAGACACGAGGCCAGUGGGCCCAGAAAUUGGUGAUGGAAUUUCAGAAUAAAAUGGAGAAGUGGCAUGAGGAAACUGGUGUGAAACCACCCUGGCACCUGGGAGUAGACUCACCCUUCCGGAGGAAAGCAGAUUCUCUGUCCAGUCCUCGGAAGAACCCGCCUGAGAGAAGCCCCUGCCAGGGCCGGCAAGCUUCCUUUGGACCCCCAGCAUGGAAUCGCCUGCGCUCCAGCUGCGUAGUCGUCCGGGUCGAUGACCUGGACAUCCACCAGGUUUCCACAGCUGGCCAGCCAAGUAAGAAGCCUUCUACACUCCUCUCCUGCAGUCGGCAACUCCACAACCUGCCCACCCAGGUCUCUGCCAUCCACAUCGAGUUCACCGAGUAUUACUUCCCAGAUAAUCAGGAGCUUCCAGUUCCCUGUCCCAAUCUCUAUGUUCAAUUAAAUGGCCUGACGUUUACCAUGGACCCGGUCAGCCUGCUCUGGGGAAACCUCUUCUGUCUGGAUUUGUACCACAGCCUGGAACAGUUCAAAGCCAUCUACAAGCUGGAAGAUUCAAGGCAAAAAGAUGAGCACUUGGAUAUCCGGCUGGACGCCUUCUGGCUGAAGGUUAGCUUCCCGCUGGAGAAGAGAGAACGGGCGGAGCUGCAUCGUCCCCAGGCCCUUGUCCUCUCUGCCUCGGGAGUGACUGCCACCAACACACGCCACGCACCGCACUGCAGCUGUCAGGACCUCCAGAGUCUCUUCCGGGCCUUUGCUGCUGCGGAGUUCUUUCAUUCCAGUUAUGAUCGCUUUCCCAAGGUUCCAGGGGGCUUCAGCCUUCUGCACAUGCUCUUCCUGCAUCAUGCCUUCCAGACGGAUUCCCGGCCUCCUCAGCCCAGCACCCUCCCUCCCCAGAGACCUAAGGCCUCUCAGGAUCUCUGGUCCAUCUACUUCACCCAGAUUUCCCUGGACUUCGAGGGAACGGAGCACUUCAAAGGCCAUGCUUUGAAUUUUGUGGCCCCCUUUCCUUUGUCCAUUUGGGCCUGCCUCCCGCUCCGCUGGGAACAAGCCCAGGCACAGAAACUCCUUUUAGCCUCCGAGGGCAGGCUGAAGCCGUCGGCCAGCUUCGGCAGUCCCGGCCAGUCUGAAGCCCUGGCCGCUGACUCUGUGCCCCAACAGAGGUCAAAGACUGAGCAUGAUUUGAAGAGCCUGUCGGGACUUCCUGAGAGUUGGAAAGAAGGCAGCGGGGGUGUGGACAGCAAGAAACCCCUGGCGGAACUCGAGGAUGCAGCAGACGUCCACGUGCUUGUGAACUCGCCCACUCAUGUCCGCGUGAGGCUUGACCACUACCAGUACUUGGCGCUGCUCCGCCUCAAGGAGGUGCUGCAGGAGCUCCAGGAGCAGCUGGCGAAAGACAAGGAGGCCAUGACCGGGUCUCCGCUGCAGAACCAGACCGCUUGCAUUGGAGUCCUCUUCCCCAGCGCUGAGGUGGCUCUGCUCAUGCAGCCUGCUCCAGGCAGUGUGCAUGACACCGACUCUGCGGGUUCGGACACCACCAGCCUCGUAGACUCAGAGCUGUCCCCUUCGGAGGAACAGGAACCGAAGUCUGAUGCCUCCUCAGACCGGGGCCCAGCAAGCCCUGAGAGGGUCCUGGAGGACGGUAACAUUGGCAGUCAGGAGGCAUCCCAGGAGAGGGCACAUGGCCACGGGGAACUGCAGGACUCAGGCCCCCUGGCACAGCAGGUGGCAGGGAAGGGUCCUGAGGCUGUUGGGUCGCUACAGGCAAAGACACCAAGCAGAACCCAGGCCUCUAGCUCAACAGCUACUCCGAAACCCCCAGCUGUCAGGGAUCCAGCUGUGAAUGGACAAGGUGAACUUAUCCCCUUGAAGAACAUUGAGGGGGAAUUGUCCAGUGCCAUUCAUAUGACCAAGGAUGCCACCAAGGAGGCUCUGCAUGCCACCGUGGACCUCACCAAGGAAGCUGUGUCCCUCACCAAGGAUGCCUUCAGUCUGGGAAGAGAUCGCAUGACCUCCACCAUGCACAAGAUGCUGUCCCUGCCGCCAGCCAACAGGGAGCCGAUGGGCAGGACUGAGGAGGGACUGGCAGCCCCAGCGAGUGGGGGCGCUGCCCGCCUGCGGUUUUUCUCCAUGAAGAGGACAGUGUCUCAACAGUCAUUCGACGGAGUCUCCUUGGAUAGCAGUGGCCCCGAAGACCGGAUUUCAGUGGACAGUGAUGGCAGUGACAGCUUUGUGAUGCUCCUGGAGGCUGAGUCCGGUCGAGACUCUGUACCACCAGGGCCACUUCCCAACGUUUCUGAUGAUGCUGGUGUUCAGGGCAGCCCUGUCGUAGAGAAUUCUGGCCAAGGCUCGUCGGAAGCCAACACUUCUGCCUCACCCAGUAGGGAAGACCUCAUCCUUCAGCCGGUCUCAGUCCUGGUCCUGAAGGUGCAUGAGGUGACUCUGGGGCUUGAGGUAUGCGGUGAGGACCUGACUAUUGCCCUGCAAGCAGAGGAACUGGCCCUCCAGCAGCUGGGCACCGUGGGACUCUGGCAGUUCCUGCACGGGCAGUGCCCAGGCCCAAGCGUCCAGGAGGCCAGCCCAAAGUCUGAUCACCUUGGACCAGCGGUGGGCCUCCGCUUCGAGGUGGGGCCUGGUGCAGCCGUUCAUUCCCCUCUGGCCACACAGAAUGGCUUCCUGCAUUUCUUGCUUCAAGGCUGUGACCUUGAGCUGCUCACUUCAGUGCUGAAUGGCCUGGGGCCCUUCUUGGAGGAUGAGGAGAUCCCAGUGGUGGUCCCCAUGCAGAUUGAGUUCCUGAACUCCAGCGUCACCCUAAAGGAUGAUAUUCCGCCCAUCUACCCAACGUCGCCAGGCCCGCUCCCCAUUACUGUGGCCCUGGAGCAUGUUGUGCUAAAGCGGGGUGACGAUGGUGUGUUCCACUUGGGCGCCACUGCUCAGGACAGACCACCAACAGAAGUACCUGAAAGUGAGAAGCAGCAACCCCGCAAAGAACAGGUGUUUUUGAUAUCCACAGGAGAGGUUUUUGGACAGCAGGUGAAAGAACUGCCCACCCUACAAAAGGAACUUAUAGAAACCAAACAAGCACUGGCCAAUGCCAACCAAGAUAAAGAAAGACUUCUUCAGGAGAUUAGGAAAUAUAACCCCCUCUUUGAGCUCUGAUGGCAGUGGCUCAGCCAUCUGCGCCAGGGAGAGAAAUCACCAGCAAUAGCACCAUCUAGGACAGAAGGCCCACCUGGUGUCAAGUCCAUCUGCCGUGGAUGUCAGAGCAAGUGAGGGUGGGUGUUCAGCCACUCCUCAGGGGUGUGCUUCUCACCUAUUGUUGUAACUGGGAUGAAGGACAGGGCGAAGGACGGCCAUAUCCCAGGACGCAUGGGUGGCUCACACACCAUGCCUUGCCUGUAUAAAGCCUUUUGGCCUUCUGGUUA